GCAGCUCGGUUGCAGAGAACCAACAGUGAAAAUCAGUAGACUGCUCUUUUACCCACGACGUCGAACUAAGCGAGCUCGCGCGGCUCUGAGUGUGUGACCAUUCGCAGCAGGAACAUGGCAUCUCUGUGCAGACGUGCGAUUUUCCAGGUCGCCAGGCGUCCCUUGCACAUGUCCGCCUGCAGAUCAAUGGAGGAGAAGAUGGCUGAUCCACUCGAUCACGCGACUGGUAUCGAGAAAGCGGAGAUGCUCGCCGAACUUGCUGGCAACGACGAUCCCUUUGAUACUAAAGUUAUGAAGCGUGGACCUGGAACUAAAGAAUGCCCGAAUCUAGUUGGUAGUUUCUUUAAGAGCCGACUUGUUGGAUGCAUUUGCGAAGAGGACCAGCUUCACGUUAACUGGAUGUGGCUUCACAAGGGAAAACCACGACGCUGUGAGUGUGGUCACUGGUUCAAACUUGUUGAGCGAACUCCAGUCCAAGUUUAAUCAACCCACUGGACUAAGCUAGUCAAUUGUUUGAACCAUCUACCUUAGAAUUAAUGCGUUAUUAGAUGAUAACAAUCAAGCAUUAGGGUGGAACUUAUUUGCAUCAAACAUCCAAUUAUUUUUCUUUCUUUCUUUCUUUCAAGAGAGUAUGUUGAAAAAUACAAUAUUCAUAUGUAAAUUACUUGUAACGAAAAAAAAACGAUGUUAAAAGUGAGUAAGAUGAUACAACUGUCCUCUCUGAAAUUCAUUUUUAUUGCAAUGCAAAUAAAGUACGUUUAAAAUAUAUGUUCAUAGUUAGUGGACAAAUUCCAACUUUUUCCCCAGCACUAAAUUAUUUCCUUAAAUAUUCUAAUUGUAAU